AUGUCUUCAGCAAUGAUAUCGCAGACGCUGCAGGGCACGGUGCUCAGCAUGACUUCCAAUGUCCUGGCCCAAGCAAUAUCGUCCUAUCAAGACAGUACGCCGUUUACCCUUAACAUUGCGCCUGUCGUCAAAUUCGCCAUAUUCAGCAUCAUCAGCAACCCGCCCAACAUUAUUUGGCAGACGUUCCUCGAAGACCAUUUCCCGACAAACGUACCAGUCGCUACGUCUAAAGCGCCGAACGAGAAGAAGCCCACAACACCGAAGACGACGCAAACAAGCAAAACCAAUGUCCUCAUCAAGUUUGUGCUAGACCAGACCAUUGGUGCACUGGUUAACACACUCAUGUUCCUGGCCUACAUGGCCUACAUCAAUGCGUCGCAGCAGGGCAAACAGGACGCCUGGGGUGCCGUUGCACAAGAGUGCAGCAACAAGACGUGGCCCAUGAUGAAGGAUGGUUACAAGUUCUGGCCCGCCAUCAGCUUGAUAAGCUUCGUGUGGAUCCCAGUCGAUAAGAGAGUUGUCUUUGGCUGUUCAGUGGGUGUCGUAUGGGGAAUCUAUUUAAGUCUCAUGGCGGACGCUUGA